AUGGCUGAUGCUGCUGUUAGUGCUACUAUUCAGGUUGCAUUGCAGACGGUUGUUUCUUUUGCCGCUGAUCAUGUUAAUCUGGCUCGUGAAUUCCCAGAGGAGCUGAAUAAACUCGACAAAUCUACUGCAAGGAUCCGAGGCUUCUUGGCUGGUGCCGACGAGGACAAGCAUAGCCCAGUGGUGCAAAAUUGGCUCAAGGAUCUGGAAGAAGAGGUUUUCAAAGCUGACAAUGUGCUGGACGAGCUCAACUAUGAAAUUCUUCGUCGGAAGGUGAAGUAUCAAGAUCAAACCAUGAAAAAGAAUGUACUCUUCUUCUUUUCAUUCUUUAAUAAAAUUGGUUUUCGUUGGAGGUUGGGUUCAAUGAUCAGGGAGAUCAACACGAACCUUCAAAGGAUCCAUCAGGAUGCCGCAGGUUUGGGACUGGCCUACAAGCUCCAAGUUGAAGAAGCAUUCGCUACUAUUGCUGCUGGAGCCACAACAAGCAGACAGACCGACUCUAAGAUUGUUCGAAGUGAUAAUCGUCAACAGGAAAAAAAGGCUGAAGUGGAUAAUAGGCAAGUAAUAGUUAACGGAAUUGAAACUGAACUUAAGGAAAAAAGAUAUUUGCUUGUUCUUGACGAUUUGUGGAAUGAUCAAGAAGGAUUGUUGAAUGACUUUUUCACCACUUUGGAGGCACUCAAACUGAAGAAAGAGAGCUGGUGUCUUGUUACUUCUCGUCUCCAAGAAGCGGCAAUUGUUCUGUCAAGACAUCGGCGGAUCAAUUUUACUCGUCAUGACCUAAGAAAGCUAUACGAUGAUGACUGCUGGUCUAUCGUGAAAAAUUGGGCAACUGUAGGGGAAGAAGUGCCAAAAGAAUUGGAAGCCUUAAGGAAACAAGUUUUAAGAAGAUGUGACGGUCUACCUCUGGCAGCAACGUUAAUAGGAGGUUUGUUAUCUAAAAAGAGAAAAGAGGAGUGGCUAUCUAUUUUGGAGGAGAGCCUCUUGAAUGGAGAUCAAGGUGGGAUUGAGCAAAUAAUUAAGGUGAGUUUUGAUCAUCUGUCACCUGCACCGGUUAAGAAAUGUUUUGCAUAUUGCUCAAUUUUUCACCAAGAUACUAAAUUGGAACAAGAUCGACUAGUUGAGCUUUGGAUGGCUGAAGGCUUUCUUCAACCUGAUUCCCAAAAUGAAAGAACGAUGGAGAAAAUAGGAUAUGAGUAUUUGAGAAUUUUGCUGCAAACUUCCUUAUUGGAAGAAGUAAAAGAGGAGAGGAGAACAUGGUAUAAAAUGCAUGACCUUGUGCAUGAUUUUGCAAAAUCAAUUUUGAAUCAUAACAGCAGCAAUCAGCACCGUUACCUUGCAGUAUACUCAUCUGGAAGAGAAACCAUCAAUGAAAAAUCAUCAGCAUCACUUCGCACAUUAUUUCUGGAGGGUGGCAUAACUGAUGAUAUGUUAUCAAAGUUCAAAUACUUGCAUGUCCUAAAAUUGUUUGGAGCAAAUGCCAAAGAGUUGCCGACCUCCAUUGGCAAACUAAUACAUUUACACUUACUUGACAUUUCAGAUUCUAUGUUUACAACUUUGCCAGAAUCUCUUUGCAAACUUUAUAGUUUGCAAACACUGAGAAUUGGCAAGCUUGAAGAAGGUUUUCCAAAGGAGAUGAGCAAUUUGAUUAGCAUGAGACAUCUUCACUAUGAUCAUGCUCGUACAAGACGCGAAAUCCAAAUGCCAUCCGGGAUUGGACGAUGGACUUGUCUUCAAACGUUAGAGUUCUUAAACAUAGGUCGCCAAGAGGAAGGUCAUGGUAUCCAAGAGCUUGGAACCUUGCAAGAUCUUAAAGGCUCCUUGGAGAUCAGAAAUCUUGAAUUAGUAAAUGGCAAAGAUGAUGUUGAACUGGCGAAGCUAUCUAAAAAGCCAAAUCUGCAUCGGUUGGUAUAUGAGUGGCGCAAUAGGUAUCGGGGAAGUGAUAAUUGUGAUGAAGAUGUGUUGGAAGGCCUCCAACCUCACCCAAAUUUAAAAGAGUUACAAAUUUUGAAGUUCAUGGGUGAUCAGUUUCCACAAUGGUUCAUGAAUUUGACAUCACUGGUGGAGUUGAGUGUGGCGAAUUGCACAAGAUGCAGAAAACUCCCAGCACUAGGACAGCUGCCAUUCCUCAAGUGCCUCUAUCUGACUGGAUUGGAAAACACAACAUGCAUUGGGCUUUCAUUCUACAGUAUAAGUGCUGAGGAGGACGGCGGAUCAGGAGGUUCAGGCACUAUUAGCAGACAAACAUUCUUUCCAGCCCUUAAAAAACUCUCUCUUAAAAGUAUGAAAAAUUUGGAAGAGUGGAAGGACGCACACGAAAUGAUGUCAACAGCAGGUGAAGUACAUGUGAUGGAUGUGUUUCCCAUGCUUGAAAAGUUGUCUAUUAGUGAUUGCCCCCAGCUGACCACCAUUCCAACUCCAAGUCGUUUCCCAAGUCUUGCUGUAUUGGAAAUCAAAAAGAAUUGCCAUGUUUUGCUGGCAGAAAAGGUUUUGAGCAAUAUAACCACACUCUUUUCCCUUGAAUUAAGUGGUGGUCGUCGACCCAUGGAGUCUUUAAAAUUAGUGAAACCACCAGAGAGCAGCUUGCGUAUUGCUGGCUGUGACAGUCUACCCACUGACAUGCUUGAGCGACUCUGUCUUUUUCCAACUCUUCAGAGUGUAGAAUUGAUGUCUGCCUAUAAUAUAACAACAUUACGAGGAAUGAGUUGCGCCGCUUGUCUUAAGAGAUUGGCAGUCUAUUAUGGUAAGAAUUUACGGGAGUUGCCAGAAGAUCUUUAUCAAUUUCAGGCUUUAGAGUACUUGAUGAUAUGGGGUUGCCCGAGAAUUGAUUCAUUUGGAUGUCCAAAUGCUAAUUCAUUUGGACAGAAAAGCCUCCUUAAGUCUCUUGAGGAAUUUACUGUCGAUGGGCGCGAUGCAUUAACAAGAUUACCAGUGGAGAUGUUCGAGUCGUGUACGUCUCUCCGAAAGCUGAUAUUGUUCAAUUGCCGCAGUCUGGUCUCCUUUCCCCUUGAUUUGCGACGAACCCCUUCUCUCGAGAGUUUCUUGUUACAGUGCUGUCCCAAAUUGAUUGCUGAGAUGCCCAGUGGAUUUGGCUAUCUUACCAGCUUAAGGAAAUUGGAGAUUGGUCCCUUCUCAGAUGACUCUGUAAUCGAAUUUGAUUGGGCAGGAUUAACAUCUUUAUCAACACUCCGGCGCGUGUCUUUGCGUGGGAUGCGUGACACGAAAUCUCUGCCACAUCAGCUUCAAUGCUUGACUACCAUCACAUCACUGUCUCUAGAUGACUUCGGAGCAAUCGAAGCCUUACCAGAUUGGCUUGGGAACCUUGAGUCUCUUGAAGAGCUAAUUCUAUCGGACUGCCGAAAGCUUGAAUAUUUACCCUCCGUAGAUGCCAUGGAACGCCUCAAAUUAAGACGUCUGGAAAUUGACGGUUGUCCUCUAUUAAAUCAAAGAUGCACUCCUCAAAGUGGCUCCGAGUGGCCCAAGAUCUCUAAUAUUCCAGAGCGUGUAAUUUAUUAAAAGUCAUCUUUCUGAGCCAUCGGGCCACAAGUGUCAGUGAAGCAGCAAACAGUGAUAGCGCCGAAACAUUGCGAAAGGCUCAGAAGUGUGCUUAAGGCAGAGUCAGCCUGGAACCUCUAGAGCAUCUUAUUGCACUUUUCGCAUUCUCCAACUGCAACAUCAGGUUGUGGUUUCCAAUCAUUUUUGAAGAAAGAUGAGGAGGUAUGUGGUUUGGAAAUUUCUCCACCCAACUUACUAGAAGUACAAGGGAAUUGGUCCAAGUUUGCAAGUAUGUUUGAGACAUGGAAUUGUGUCUAAAUGCAGAAUUUGUUUAGGAAGCAGAGAUUAUGCUCUUUGGACAAAGAACACCAACGUUCCCGUGUUGUUCUUAUGAGAAUAUCAGGAGGGAGGAGUUAUUUUCACUUAUUAGUCAGGUUUUGAAGAUGGAAGGUAGUUAUCUGUGAUUUUUCCCACCAGAAUGCAUAUAUUGCUCAGAAUGUGGAAAUGAAGCAUGCUGAAAACAGUGACUUGUGCCAGGCUUGUAGAAAGUAGCAUGGAUGGAGGAGAAUUAGAAAGGAGCUAUCAAGGUACAAGACAAGACUUACUUGAAAAAAAUUGGAUGUGCUAAUACUUUAAUUCCAGAGGUGACAACAUUUGAUGGAAAGAAGUUAGACAUUGUAGACAGCAUUGGCAAUCAUUUGGACGACAUAAAUGAAGCAUGUGAUUGCAGUGUCAGCCGUUCAUUUGGAUGAAAAUAGUUCAAAGUUUUGGUGCUGCAAUUGCAGCGGCAAGAAUUUCUACAUCCUUGUUCAAAGGUUCCCACCAGAUCUUGCAAGGCCUUUGUAAAUUGGAAAACAGGUUAUACCUUUCCACUCAAGAACAAGAGAGACUCAUGAUACAACUGUGCUAAUAGUUAGUCAUUCCAGAAAGCAGUGGUUUUCAAGCAAAAAUGUAUGGAUGGUGAUGUGGUAGACAAUUGUUCUCUUAAGGAGUGAAGAUCAGUCUUCUAGAAAGCAAUAUGUGACAGAGUAAAUGAAGAGGAAGCAGACAUCAUCUUGUUGGAAAAAGAGCAACAUGGUUCCCUGUCGUUUUUGUGAGAAUGUCAAUACGAAGAAAUUACUGUCACUGUGCAGGCAGGUUUCGCAGAUGAAGAUGGUUACCAAUUAUAGUUAUUUUGCUCAUUAAUUUGCACAAGCAAUAAACAGGUGCUUUUCAAGUAGCUUUUUUUUUUGGUGCUUUAGCUAAAAAGGAUAAGUAGACCUAAGAAUUUUUACCAAGAAACUCUUUUAAAAUAUCUGACAUUUGUGAAGACCAAUGAAGAUGGUAAAUCAAUAGUAAAUGUUACUCAAGGAAGUUUUUCAGGGUACUUCAUUCCACUUGACAGAGAUACUAUGCCACAAGUCUAUUCUGCUAAGGUUAGAUCAGCAUUUUUUCAGCGUAGCCAUUGAAAUGAAGUUGACAAUCAACUCUAACAAAUUCAAGGAAGAAGGAUACUGCUUGCCGACGUUUAUAGAAUUGCAGCAUUGUUUUGCUGCUUCUUUCUGAAAAAGGAAGCAGCAGCUUUCGAGCUAAAGUGUAUGAAUGCAGUCUCGAUGGAUUAAAGGUUUCUUCUGAUCUGAUUUGCUUGAGACAGGGGAAAGCAUAUGAAGGAACCAUUUAGCUGGCAUGGCUGAGACCUGCAGCCAAUUUGGUUGAUCUUGGUUCCAGUUUAAGCUGUCUGGAUUGCUCUUUGUCAAUCUCAUGAAUAUGGAUCUCAUAUCAAUGGAAGCAUUGAAAGUAUGAAGAUGAGACGGCAAGAAUACUGGUAGCUAGCUGUUGGAUUGUAGGCAUGUAAAAAGUCUUUACUAUACUAAAAUUGUCACCUAGAUGGCUGGCUAGAAUGGAUAUAUAUAUUACUCUAGCUUGGCCUACAGAGAGAUAAGAUUUGAGGUUUUAAUGUGAUCUAGAGCUUUCAGCUUUUGAAAUACUUAAUUGCCCAUGCUUUGGGGAGUUUGAUUUAGGUUUCAACCAA